AGCGCGUGCACGGGAAGGUGGGGGGCGUGCUUAGUACGCUUGCGCGCAGGGGCUGAGUGACGCUAACGACCGACCAGCGCUUCUCCCCUGGCAAGAUGAUAUUUCUCCUUUCCUUGGCUACACAUCGAGUAUAAGAAUUCUCAUCUAAUGUUAAAAGAACCAACUUGGGAGAUUUAAGAAGACAAACAUGGCAGCCAGUGGCCAGAGAAGAAAAAUAAGCCCUAAGUCUGAACUGACUGAAGAACAGAAACAGGAAAUCCGGGAAGCUUUUGAUCUCUUUGAUGCUGAUGGAACCGGAACUAUAGACAUCAAGGAACUAAAGGUUGCAAUGAGGGCUCUGGGCUUUGAACCUAAGAAAGAAGAAACCAAGAAGAUGAUGAGUGAAAUUGAUAAGGAAGGGACAGGAAAAAUGAACUUCAGUGACUUUUUGACAGUGAUGACUCAGAAAAUGUCCGGGAAAGACACCAAAGAAGAAAUUCUGAAAGCUUUCAAGCUCUUUGAUGAUGAUGAAACUGGGAAAAUAUCAUUCAAAAAUCUAAAGUGUGUGGCCAAGGAGUUAGGCGAGAACUUGACUGAUGAAGAGCUGCAGGAAAUGAUUGAUGAAGCUGAUCGAGAUGGAGAUGGCGAGGUCAAUGAGCAAGAGUUCCUGCGCAUCAUGAAGAAGUCUAGUAUCUAUUAAGAUCAGUGCUUCUUUUUCUACGUCAAGCACAUGUGACUAGAUUUAGUGCCUGCCAUUUUGUGAAAUACAGCUUUUGAGAACCCCCCUCCCCCAACCUCUGAGUUAACUAGCCGUGACCUUGAAUCUUUUUUUGACUUUUGGAAGUUUCUUUGAUAUUAAGUUCUUUGUACAUUUACCUUCUGACUAAUUAAACAGUGCAGAACAAGAGCACAUAGUGGGGAAAAGAGUCUGAAAGUGUGACUGCAGCCACUCCACUUUCCAUUAGUUCACAUUGCUUAUGCAUUUUCACAUAGCUGCAAACACACAAUGGCUUCUUAGAUGUCCAUGUAGCCAUGUCACAAUAAACACAAAAACUAGAAUAAAAUUGUUCUAGUUUUUAGUUGA